AUGGCCUUGGGCUCAGCGGGGCGGCGCUAUUUGGCGCGAGUUAAGGUCCCCUGGACCUCGGAAGAGGAUGACGCUCUGCGGGGGAUGGUUCAGGAAAAGGGGGCCUGCAACUGGUCCCUCAUCAGCAGAUCGAUCCCUGGGAGGAGCGGCAAGUCGUGCCGCCUUCGGUGGGAUAAUCGGCUCUCGCCCGGCCGCCCGUUCACCGCCGAGGAGGACGAGACUAUUCUCCACGCCCGUGCCAGGUUUGGCAACGAGUGGGCUGUCAUCGCCCUCCUCCUCAGCGGUCGCACGGGCAACGCCGUCAAGGACCACUGGAACCUCUCGCUGAAGUGGAAACUCUCCAACGCCGCUUCCUACAACAACGCUUACGACCCGCUGCCGAAGCGGUCGACUACCGGCCCACCAGCGUCCGACGUCAGCACCGCUUGUCACCAUUCUGAGAUCUUCCCCACACCGAGAGGUAGCGCCGGGUUCAUCCCCACAUUGGUUGACCUCUCCUCCUUAAUCGAGGGCGGCGGCAAGAAGAGGAGCUGCCCGGCCACAACGCUCUCCCUAUCCCCACCUGGGUCGGACCCCUGCGCGACCUACGACCACUGCCUCCGCCAGAGACGCCUGGAAGAGCUUCCUUGCGAAAAUGGGGAUCCCGCCCCUGGCGGCGACAUAGCGAAGCCAGUCCCUUGCCUGGUUCCCAGAGAUGGGGAACCUCAGCAGCAGUCUCCCCGAGACGCUGAGUUGCGCGCGCUUGUGCGGGAGCUGAUCAGGAAGGAGGUAAGGAACUACAUCUCGGAGCCUUAA